AAAAAAAAAAAAAAAAAAAAAAAAAAAUUGAAUUUGUUAGCAAUAUUAGGAAGUAUUAUUUUUCUAUUUUAACAUAUUGUGGCUCAGAUGUUAAGAACAACUGAAAAGUUGUGCUUUAGUACUCCUGAUUGUAAUGAGAAAGAGAAACCAAUCAUGUUUCUCAAGCAAGCAAGUGGUGGUGGUGGUGGUGGUAGAGUCUUGGGAAACAAGAAGAAAAUCACCGGGACUUGGACUUUCAGAUUUCCAAAAGACCCUAAAUUUUCACCUGUGAGAUUCUUGCAGCAACUAGGAGCAAAAGUGGCAAGUGCUAUUAGAGUUGUUUCCAUGAGAAGGAGAUCCUGUAGGAAGGUUUCUUCAUCCUCUUUGGUCAGAACACGAUCAGUGUCUGACCCCACUGAUUCACAUCGUGCCAAAGCUGUGGAAGAUUGCAUUGAGUUCUUACACUCUUCUUCGUCUAGGGAGAGACCAAGUUCAGUUUCUGAAAAUUCUGUUAAGGGGUGCGUUUGAGAUUUCUCCUUGCAAGCGAUGUAUAUUAGAGAAAAAUGGUAUGCUUUAUUGGUUCCAUUGACAUGUUCUUUAGUAGGAAAUAGAGGUUAAUCAUUUGUACACUGUGCCAUGCACUUUAGUAAUGUGGUUUGAGUAGAGAUUCUCAUAAGAAUUGAUCUAAAUUGUGGUUUGAAUUGCGAACCUUGAUUGUUCAUUCAUUAGAAUUAAUACAUCCUAUGUUGUAAUUCUACUUCACCAGGUUCUUGAUAUGGUUGUCAGUUUUUAUUUGGUUAUUCUCCAUUAUUAAGUUGAUUAAUGACCAACUGUCAUUACUCCUUAUGUUGUUAAUAAUAAGGUUUCUAUCUAGCUAGAACAGUGAUUGGUUUA